AAUCAAUUGCCCGCGUAAACAAGAUUGUUGCCUUAAACAAACGCAACGCUGUGAAAAUUCAAUCAAUAAAUAGCAGCAAAAAGAAGAGCGCUGGUUAUUGUUGUGUCUUCCAUCACAGAGUCAUGGGUUCCUUCUCCUCUACACUGCUUUUUCUUUUCUUCUUCUUUUCUUCCUCACUUGCCAAUCACCAUGACUCCGUCCAACUCAAAGGUAUUGAUAUUGAAAGGCCAGUUUUGGAUAUCUCCCCUUCCCCACUUUCUGGGGAUUCAGCUACUCAUGGUGUUCAAGAUAUUUUACGAUGUGAGCGUGUUCAAGUGUCUGGUAUCUCAAGAUUGAAACUUGGGAGCUAUGCUAGUUCAUUCCACAUUACUUUGGCUCCAUCUGCUGCGAUCCAAGAGAGUUUACAUAACAAAAUUCAGGUUUGUUUCCACGGGAAUAAUGCACUUGGAUGGUGUCAGUGUGAAAAGGAUGAAUGGAUGAGUAUGGAGAAGGGGAUCUGGAAUGCUGUCAUGUCACCUUAUGAAACUAGAUAUGUUGAUGUGAGGAUGAAUGCUGAAAUGUUGGGUUCUGUUACAGUUGCCCUUGAAGAAGAUUUUCAGCAAUGGCGCCUUGUAUGUCUUGCAUUGGGAUUGAUACUGCUGUUGUUGGCUCCAAUUAUUAGCAGUUGGGUUCCAUUUUAUUAUACCAGUUCAAUGGCUAUAGGGAUCUUUCUUGUUGUUAUAAUCCUUCUUUUUCAGGGCAUGAAAUUAUUGCCAACUGGAAGGAAAAAUAUCUUUUACCUUACCAUAUAUGGUUCAGUGUUUGGAGCUGGGUCAUUCCUUUUGCACCAAUUCUCCGUGUUCAUAAAUUCAAUUCUUCAAAGUUUUGGGAUGAGUGAAGAGAUGCACAUUCCAGUUGCCAUUUUUGUACUACUGGGUAUCCUCUUGGCUGGAGCUGCUUUAGGCUACUGGGCUCUUAGGAGAUUUGUUCUUUCGAAAGAAGAUGGCAGUGUGGAUGCUGGGGUCGCUCAGUUUGUGAAAUGGGCAAUGCGCACUAUUGGAGCCACCUUGGUUUCGCAGAGCACUGUUGAUCCUCCUCUAGCAAUUGGAGCCUUGGUCUCUUCUGGAGCUGUUUGCUGUCUUAUUUCUUCGAAAAACUGGUUUCAUGGAUGGUAUGGAACUUCAGGAAAUGAUGAUCACUCGCUGCUGUGGGUGAGAGGAACACGUGGUCGUGCUGAAUUCCUUAGCAAGUCAACUCCUAAAGGAAAAAUGUGGAGUAGUCCUAAAAGAUCUGCAUGGUCCGACUCUCCGGUGAGAGGUGUUGUAUCACCAUCUUCUGUUAUCUCGCCACAAUCUUGUUGGACACAAAUAAGGGGGGAUUAUUAUUCAACCUUCCACAAGACGCGGAACAGAAAGAAGUUCACAAAGAAAGAGUGGGAUGAGUUCACAAAUGAAACCACCAAGCAAGCUUUAGCAGAAUGGGCAGCAUCUCCAGAGUUUACUGACUGGCUCAUGGAGAAUGCAGACCGGAUUAAACUCCUUCCAAGUGAGAGUUCAGACGAGACAAUGGGAAGUGGAUCGGAUUCCUCAGAUGCAGGAAGUGGAAAUGGAUUUAGGGGUUUUAAAUGGUGGUGACUUGACAUUGUUAUUUAAACAGUCAGGGAGCAGUAAGUAAACAAGAGUCUAAUGUAGUCAGGAAUUUAGGAUUGCUUCUUGUAACCACCGUGUAGAGAUAAUGUUAUUAGUUUGCCUGAUUAUUUUCCACUGCAAGCCUGGGCAAUCUUGUUAAAUUUUUUGUUAUCGCAAUCUGUUUUUUUGCCUUUUUAUUUUUUUUCUCUCUUCUGUUAUAUUAUUUUUACAAUUUAUAUUUUUUAGUAUUGUGUAACUC